AUUGAAGAGGAUCUGGUACCAUUGGGUUUGUGUACUGUGCAAGUGCUGCUGCAGGGAGCUGAGGGGACAGCAUGUUCAAGCUAGGAAGCCAGGACAUGAGUCAGAGCCCCAGUGAGGAGAUCCUAAGAGUUCAUUACAUAAAGCUGUGACAAUGAAGACAGUUUUUGCCCCUUGAGACCACAAGAUGAAUGCAGUGACCUAUGACGAUGUACAUGUGGACUUUAGUGAGGAAGAGUGGGCUUUGCUGGAUUCUUCCCAGAAGAAUCUAUACAAAGAUGUGAUGCUGGAGACCUACGGGAACCUCUCUGCUAUAGGCUACAGUUGGGAAGAUCAUAAUAGUCAACAAAAUUAUGAAAGUUGUAGAAGACAUGGCAAGCAUAAAAGAUCACAUACUGGAGAGAAACCUUAUGAGUGUAAUCAAUGUGGUAAAACCUUUGCAUACCACAAUAGUCUCCAAGAACAUAAAAGAGCACAUACUGGAGAGAAGCCCUAUGAAUGUAAUGAGUGUGGUAAAGCCUUUAUAUGUCAAAAGAGUCUCCAAACACAUAAAAGAACUCAUACUGGGGAGAAACCUUAUGAAUGUAAUCAAUGUGGUAAAGCCUUUGCACAUCACAGUAGUCUCCAAGAACAUAAAAGAACACAUACUGGAGAGAAACCAUACAAAUGUAAACAAUGUGAUAAAGCCUUUUCAAAAUACAGUAGUCUACAAAAGCAUAAAAGGACACACACUGGAGACAAACCCUACAAAUGUAAUCAAUGUGAUAAAGCCUUUUUAAAACAUGGUCAUCUUCAAACUCAUAAAAGAACACAUACUCAAGAGAAACCUUAUGAAUGUAAUCAAUGUGGUAAAGCCUUUGAACGUCUGAGGAGUCUACAGAGACAUAAAAAAAACAUACUGGAUAGAAACCUUAUGAAUGAAAUUAGUGCGGUAAAGCCUUUGCAUAUCAAAGUAGUCUCCAAAUACAUAACAGAAGACAUGCUGGAUGAAACUCUAUGAAUGUAAUUAGUGAGGUAAAGCCUUUGCAAUAUCAGUAGUCUUCAAAACCAUAAGAAAAAAAUUAUACUGCUGAAAAACCCUAUAAAUGUAGUCAAUGUGGCAAAGUUUUGAAAUUCAUGUUAGUUUUUAUACUCAAAACUUUUAGUGUCUAAUUGGGCUGUUAAAACCCAUGCAUAUCACAUUAAUAUCUGGGAAUCUGAAAAAAAUAAAAUACCAAAUGAAAUCUGACUAUAAAGAAUUUUGUAAGAUCAUUGGCCAACCGAUGUACAUUCUGGCAAGUGUCAACUAUCUGUUCAGUCAUUAUGAUAUCUCUCUUUAUUUUGUUUGUACCUGCAAACUCACAUAGACAAUAGGCCUAUUAAUUUAAAUUAGAAAGUAAGUUUUAGGUUUCUUACCUCUCCUCACUCACAGGAAAGAAGAAAUCCAUGGAUAAAACUUUAUGGAUAUGCAUUAGUGCAUUUUCUGUUUCUGUAGUAAAACAUAAUGCCUAAGUCAACUUAUGAAAGAAUUUAAUUUGGCUCUUGGUUCCUGAGAGAUACUGAUCACCAUGAAUGUGGCAUGGCAACAAUUGUCAGAUGUGGCAGCUAAAUAAAGCAAGAAGCUAAGAACUUAUAUCCUCAACCUGCACCAUGAAGCAGAGAGUAGGAACUGGAAAUGGUGUAUGGAUGAAAACUCUCAGACCCACCCCUAGUGACAUAUUUCCUAAGCAUGACAGCAUUUCCGAAAUCUGAAAUGAUGCCACCAAGUGAGAAGGAUUGAUUUCUCUGACUUGAAGCCUACAUUCUAGCUUUGUUACAUGAGCCACUUCAUGAUGAAAAAAAGCUCUAUAAGCCUUUAAAUGUUUCAAGACUUAGGUUACAAGAAUGAAUGCUUUCAAGAGAAAAGCAUUCUUGAGGGAAAAUUGGUUUAAAGAUUUUAAUUUUGUGAUGUCAGUGUGUCUUUGUGUAGUUAUAUGCAUGUGCAUUCUGGUACCCAAGAAGGUUAGACCCUUGGAGCUUCUUGUAGCAUGGAUUAUGGGAAGCUGUCAAAAACCUGACUUUAGUCCUGGGAAUGAACUUGUCCUAAUUACUCAGCCAUGUCUCUAGUCCUUUAAAUAUUUUAAAAUCUUUUAAUAUCAUCUUGAUGCCA